CUGGAGUAUGUUCCACGUGCUUCGUUACUGUACUGGAAUGUAUACAGAUUGCUGCAUCAACCACAAAAGAAACUUCCCUUUUUCUUACAACCUCUUUUAUGACAUCUGGAUAAAUUACCCAAUAUGUUGUGGAUGUGACUAGAUUGGCAUUAGCACAAACUCCCCAGUAUUUGGGCCUCAAGUUCUUUUUUUGGUAUUACAACCCUGAAAAUAGCAUUCUUUGAAAUCUCUGUUUGGUCACUACUCCUUCUCUGUCUUCUGCUUCUACAUGAAUACUACUGAUUCAUUAUGACUGUGUGGAAAUUCAAAAACAUAAAUUGUACAAAGCACUUUGGGAAUAAUUGUUGUUGAACAAUUACCAGAAAAAAGUAUGGACUAAUGUGACAAAGCUGUGCAAGGUGCUUUGAUCUUUGUAUCUGUGAAAGUGACCUGUAGGUGCAUGUCAAGAAAAUCACUGAAUCACAGAAAGAAAAAGAAACUUAAAGGUUCAGGUACAAUUUUGGUCAAAUCUAGCAACUUGCUCCUCACAGUCUUCUAGCUGUCUGUUCAGAGUGUGUCCUCAAAAUAAUUCCGGUGUUCGUAAAGUCUUGGCCCUGCAAAUGGGAAACAAUCAGUGCCAGUGUGAUUUGAUCAUCAACCUCUUGUCAGAAUCACCGACUACAACUUUUAAUGCUUUACAUUAGCAAAAAUAAAUAUGUGUACUAAUUUGUAUUGCAAAAAGGCAAAUCUAUGGUAACCGUCUCUCUUUCUCUUUUUACCCACAACCUCUUCCCCAGGUUUCUUUCCUAUUGUAUGAACAUAAAGAUUAAAGGUGCAGUACAAGAACAAGUCAGCAAGCAUCUCUGAGAGAAUUAUUUUCACCAUAUCGUUGCAUUGAAGGAUAGUUUGACAGAGUUUCUGUUUCCAAACAGAACUAAAGUCAGAAAUGUCUGGAUUUACCGAACCAUCACAACCGCUCAUGUCAGUGAAGAAGGAGAUAAAAGAAGAAGAAUUUGAUGAUUUCCUACAAGAGUAUUUGUCUGCAAUUCAGACAGUGGAAGAAAAGCCUGGAAUGGAAUGUGAAAUCAAGACUGAAAUGUACACGUCACCAACCAUGAAAGAAGAAAAGAAUUCACCAAUGGAAAUUACAGAUGAAGAAGAAUUUGAUUUAAGUGAAUAUGGUCACUAUGCCUCUUCUCCUACAGGAGACAUUCAAAGGAUCCAAUCUAAUAUGAAAGGGAACACUGAGGAAAAAAGAAACAAAGACAGAUGUCACAAUCAGUCAAAUCAAUCACACCUAACCGUACGUAUGAUGAAACAUACUGGAGAAAAGCCAGUUCAGUGUUCUCAAUGUGGAGAGACCAUUAAUUAUAUAUCUAGCCUCAAGGAACCCCAGAGGAUCCAUACUGGGGAAAGGCCUUAUCAGUGUUCUCAGUGUGAAAAGACCUUUAGCCACAUGUCUCAACUUAGGACACAUCAGAGGAUCCAUACUGGGGAAAAGCCACAUCAGUGUUCUCAGUGUGGAAAGGCCUUUAGACAAAUGUCUCAUCUCAAGAUACACCAGGGGAUCCAUACUGGGGCAAAGCCACAUCAGCGUUCUCAGUGUGGAAAGGCUUUUAAACAAAUGUGUGAUCUCAAGACACACCAGAAGAUCCAUACUGGAGAAAAGCCACAUCAGUGUUCUCAGUGUGGAAAGGCCUUUGUCCAAAUGUGUGAUCUCAAGAAACACCAGAUGAUACAUACUGGAGAAAAGCCACAUCAGUGUUCUCAGUGUGGAAAGGCCUUUAGCCAAAUGUGUAGUCUCAAGACACACCAGAUGAUCCAUACUGGAGAAAAGCCACAUCAGUGUUCUCAGUGUGGAAAGGCCUUUAGACAAAUGUCUCAUCUCAUGAUACACCAGAGGAUCCAUACCGGGGAAAGGCCUUAUCAUUGUUCUCAGUGUGGAAAGGCUUUUCAACAAAUGGGUAAUCUUAAAAAACACCAGAAAAUCCAUACUGGAGAAAAGCCACAUCAGUGUUCUCUGUGUGGAAAAACCUUUAGCCUUAUGUGUAAUCUUAAAAAACACCAGAAGAUCCAUACUGGAGAAAAGCCACAUCAGUGUUCUCUGUGUGGAAAAACCUUUAGCCGAAUGUCUCAUCUCAAGACACAUCAGAGGAUCCAUACUGGAGAAAAGCCACAUCAUUGUUCUCAGUGUGGAAAAACCUUUAGCCUUAUGUGUAAUCUUACAACACACCAGAAGAUCCAUACUGGAGAAAAGCCACAUCAGUGUUCUCAGUGUGGAAAAACCUUUAGCCGAAUGUGUAGUCUCAAGAAACACCAGAAGAUCCAUACUGGAGAAAAGCCAUAUCAGUGUUCUCAGUGUGGAAAGGCCUUUAACCAAAUGUCUAAUCUCAAGAGUCACCAGAGGAUCCAUUCAAACGAUGUGCUGCCCUGCUAAUACCUGAUUGAGUAUCACUUAUUGAAAUAUUUUUGAUUAGAUGAGUUUUAAAACAACAUGUGAUGUACAUGAUAAAAGUUUAUUCCUUCACAUUUGAAACAUUUGUUAGGGUAAAGAUUGAAACAUGAAUUCAAUAAAAAAAAAAUUAAAAGUGAGUGUUUUUUUCAAGUAUGUGUAUGUGGGGGUGCGGCGAGGGGGUGUAAAAUAUAUAAUCGACAAGCAGCAGUAGUGUUUGUGCAAGCUUUCUAGAUAUAUGGCCUAAACAGAGCCUCAUAUGAAGAUUAUCUACACCUCAAAGAUGAGUGUUGAGGGUCAGAGAUGGGGGAAGAAAGAAAGAGGACGGGGGAGGGAACAUAUCAUUGUCAUUAAAAAGGGUAUACACAGACAAAAAUGGCUACCUCGAGAAAAACAGACUCUGCCCUCACUGUAGUAAUGGGGUAGUGGAGUAUGAGUUACUUUUCCUGACAAGAAUGUAAUAAAUACAACUACAUCAGGGGAAACGACUUUUCAAGAACAGAAGACAUUUGCUCUUGGUUUACAAAAAUAAAAAGAGAAGAAAAAUGAUCAUUCCUCCUGGGUGAAAUUAUUUUUUUACUGAAAGGUAUGUCAUUUUCAUUUGUAAUUUUUUUCCCUUGGUGAUUUAUUACUUAAUUUAUUUUUCCUUUAGUAUAAUAAUAUCAAAAACACUAUUAAGCACACAGUGUCUAAGCAUGCACAUUUCACUCUCUGAGUGAGGUUUCUGCUCCCAAGGACUCACCCAUUAGUAAAUGACAGCUAUUCAUAUGAUAAGGGAAUGGUGAUUCAGUGAUCUCUAUUGGGACAUG